AAAAAAAAACUCAACAGAAUAAGUUUCAUUCUCUAGAUUUCAUAAAUGAAUUAAGAAUUCUUAAAAUUAGUAGAACAAAGUUGCAACAAAAUGUUAAAAAGAUAGAAAAGAAACACAAAAUUGCUAUCAAAGAAUUACCGGAACAGAUAAAAAUUAAAAAGCAAGAAAACAAACAACUUGUAGAACAAAAUCAUUAUUUAACUAGUAUUGUUUUAGAAAAAAAAAGAUAAUAGGCUACUUAUAGAAACCAAAAAAUUAAAAACAUGACCUACCCGAAAGAAAAUGUAUUUUUCCUCCUAUUAUUAACAAUGUGCCUGUGGAAAGUGUCUCAUUUUUGUUAGAAAAGAUUUCUGAAUUGUUACACAACACAGAACUGUAAGAAACACCUCACUCAUCCACAGUAAAUAAAAUGGUUUAUGAGCCAGGUGUUUUAGCAUUGGUUCAGGCUGGUGAGGCACUUUUUCAUUGUGAAUGCGCAACAGUAGUGUUUGAUGCAACCACCGUUUUAGACAAACAUGUAAAUGAGUUUCUUAUCAGUACAUAUCCUCAGCAGAGGAUAUGUACUGAUAUUCCUUUAGCAACCGCUAAACUUGAUGGAGGUACAGGAUUUGACUGUGCCACUCAUACUGUCAGUGUAAUAAAAGAACUUGCCAAUACAUUUGCAGUUUAAAAAUAUGCCAGCAGUAGAAUUUUUAGAUGUAGAGCACCUAUUAAUAGUUGUGUGAAAGAGACAGACAACAGGUACUCUGUCUGUUAAUAGUUGUUUCACACAACUAUUAACAGACAGAGCACCUGUUAAUAGUUGUGUGAAAAAUAUGCUUCAGGAGGAGAUGGACAUUCAAUUAAUGCAACUGCAGUGCAAUGUUCAUCCAUUGAAAACUAUUGCCUUAAAAUCAUUAUUAGCUCUUAAAAUAAUAGAUAAUGUGUUGAAGAUAAAACCGGCUAAAGGAACUGAUGGGGUUGCAGUAACAUUCCUCAAAAAUAUUUCUAAGCUAACGUAUUCUUUUAUAUGCAUAUUUUUCAUUAUUUCAGUUUUUUUUUAGUUUCACUUUCUUGUGAGCAAUUGUUUCUUUAUUAUUUCCACGUUUUGAAAAUUUGAAAUUUUAAUUUUUUUGCCCUUUAAAAAUCAGGUAUAGUUUUAAAGGCGAUCCUGCAGCAUUCAAAAGCUAUCUUAAAAAAAACAAUGUUGCUCCAGGGCUAUUCCUUAGAUAUGUUGGUAGUAGAUUUCAUGUUUUGUUCCAUAUGGCAGGGAUAGUUGUAACAUACGAAAGACUUGUAAAAACCUUUCUUGAAAACAACAUCAAAAAUAAAAUUUUCCAGCUCUUACUUCAAAAUAUGAGUAAUGAUAUAAUGCUUGUGCAACUGCAAGGGCUGGGCCUGAUAGGAAAAAUAAUAACUGGGCUAUGGAUGAGUCUGGUUUAUAAAAAUGCAACAGGAAAGGGAUUACAUUUUCAAGAAAGCAAUAAGAAAGUUAGUUUACUAUAAAAGUAAUCCAAAACCAAUUCUUUAUACAGAUGUGGAUAUUCUUAGUCAAGUAUUAAAUAAUAAAGAAGAUAAGGUACACCAAUUCCUUCGUGUAAUAAAAAAUAAAAAUAUUUUGGUAAAAGUUUUAUCAGCUUUGAUAAGCUACACAGAGACAGUUCUCAAAAGACAGAUAGCCAGGUAUUUGACUGGCAGUCUCUCAAAUCCAUCUAAAGAAAUGAUAAAAACCACACUAUCUGCUCCACCUCAUACAAUGGAGGCUGAAAGGAUCUUGGGGAUGCUUGUUUUUUUUUUGCGUUGUGCUCCUAAUGCUACGUUUGGUUUCCUGGAUUCUAAAAUAAAAGCCAGAGUAAACAAAACACUAAUAUGGCCUGAUGAGAAAACAUUGACAGAACAAGAAAACCUUAUUCAAUUUGCAACUCGCAGAGGAGCUUUAACGUGUCAAGCCUCUAAAAAUUAUAAAGAAAUAGGAAAAAGAUGCGCCAAAGCUAGUUUAAAAAAAGAACGUCUAGAAAGAAAGCAACUAGAGAAGGAUAUUAAAAGAGCAAUAGCUGAAAAUGCCAAAACCACAAAUCCUCUUUUUAUGAAAAACAAAAACAAAGUUUAGGAGUGAUUUUGAAAAAUGGAAACUUAAUAGGGCAGCUCUUAAGCCAUAAAUGGGAGCUAGAUGAUGGCAAUAUACAUUUAUUUUUUGGUAGAAUUGUUGAUCAAAAGGUAGCAACAAAAAAAAAAUCUAUUACAUACACAAUAGGAUAUUGGAAAGUCAAUGAAGAUGAAGCUGAAGAUAUUGACAUAAGCCAGGAAGGAGUAUAGCAGAUCUAUUACUUAAAGACCUAGAGUUCAUUUAAAAAUUGCUAUAAUAUAUUAGACAUUGCUAUCUUUUAUUUUGUUUAUGUUGAUUAUUUUGUUUACAUUUUUGUUUAUUCCUUUUAAUUUUAGAUAUUAACCAAGAGCAGACACAGGGUUAUUUUACAUUUCAGAUACUGUACUUGGCAUUGUGAAAACUCUAA